CUCAGGCUGUGGCUGCGAAACAUCUCAGUUGCUGUGUGGAGAGAUUUGACGGAGAGACACUCCUGUACAUGGACCAUCACUUCGCUGCAAUCCGCUGCCUGCUCAAACGCGCACGUAAUGUCACGGUGAAAUCUGGACGUAGCGGGUUAAAAACACGCAUGUGAAAUUCUCCUUGCAUGUCAGGAGAGGAGGAAGUAGUCGCCGGUUCGCGGCUGUUGUGUCGUUUCUUAUCGCUUCUCCCCCCUCUAUGUCACUCUAAUUAAUCGGAGGCAUGUGGAAUCGCACCAGGAUUAGGAAUUGCCUCCCAAUAGUGUGCCUGCUGUUGACGUUAUGGACGGAGGUGUCCCAGUCAACUGGCUAUUUCGAGCUGCAGCUGAUCACUGUAGAGAAUGUAAACGGCGAGUUGGCGGACGGAGAGUGCUGCGACGGCUCCAGGAGCUCCCAGGACCUGCGCUGUGGUCGAGACGAGUGCGACACUUAUUUCAAAAUCUGUCUAAAGGAGUACCAGACGGAGGUCACCACCAGCGGCCUCUGCACCUACGGGAGUGGAUCUACACAAGUUCUUGGUGGAAAUAUGUUUUCUUUUAAGAGCGCAAAGAACAACCUGAAUAAAAUCGACGAUUCUGGCAAGAUCUCGAUCCCCUUCCAGUUUGCGUGGCCGCGGGCAUACACACUGAUCGUGGAGGCCUGGGACUGGGACAACACCACACGCAACAAUGAGGAGGAGCUGCUGAUCGAACGCAGCAUUCACACUGGCAUGAUCAACCCCGGAGACCACUGGCAGACCAUCACACAUGACGGGCCAGUGGCUCGACUCAUCUACCGCAUCCGGGUACGGUGUGACGAAAACUACUACGGCAGCAAGUGCAAUAAGCUGUGUGUUCCACGUGAUGACUACUUUGGCCACUAUCGCUGUGAGCAGUCCGGCAAUCGAGUUUGCCUGGAGGGCUGGAUGGGCCACGACUGCAGGACAGCAAUCUGCAAGCAAGGCUGCAACCUGUUACAUGGUAGCUGCUCUGUCCCAGGCGAAUGCAAGUGUAACUAUGGCUGGCAGGGACAAUUCUGCGAUGACUGUGUGCCUUACCCUGGGUGUGUCCACGGGACCUGCACCAUCCCCUGGCAGUGCAACUGCGAGAGGAACUGGGGUGGCCUACUGUGUGAUAAAGAUCUGAACUACUGCGGUCGCCACCAGCCCUGUGUGAACGGAGGAACCUGCAUGAACACAGAACCGGAUGAAUACCACUGCGCCUGUCCACAGGGCUACUCUGGCAAGACCUGCCAGAUAGCCGAGCACGCCUGUGUUUCUGAUCCUUGCGCCAAUGGUGGCACAUGCCAUGAGGUUUCCUCAGGGUUUGAGUGCCAGUGUCCCCCGGGCUGGGAGGGUCCAACCUGUGCCAACGAAUUGGACGAGUGUGCCUCCAGUCCUUGUGCCCAGGGUGGAACCUGCAUUGACCGGGAAAAUGGCUUUGAAUGUUUGUGCCCCCCGCAAUGGGAAGGGAAGACAUGCCAGAUAGAUGCGAAUGAGUGUGAGGGGAACCCCUGGCCCUGUGUGAACGCUUACUCUUGCAAAAAUUUGAUUGGCGGAUAUCUCUGCGACUGUUUUGGGGGAUGGUCCGGACAAAACUGUGACAUCAUGAGCAGCUGCCAUGGCCAGUGCCAGAAUGGAGCAACAUGCAAGGAGGGUCCGAGUGGCUACCACUGCCAGUGCCUGCCAGGUUUCGUGGGCACUCAUUGCGAAAUCCAGCGCAACAAAUGUGACAGUGGACCAUGCCAGAACGGCGGGCGCUGCCACACAGUGUUGGAUGGCUUUGUGUGUGAAUGUCUACAAGAUUUCUCUGGAGAACUCUGUGAGGUCCCUGGUUGGACUUCUUCAGAUCCUUGUGAUCCAAACCCGUGUGAGAAUGAGGCCAAGUGCCACAGCAUGGCUCAGGACUUCUACUGCGCUUGUCCUGAAGGAUACGAGGGAAAGACCUGUGAUCGGAUCAAGGACCAGUGCCGGACCACUCCUUGUCAAGUGAUUGAUAGCUGCACUGUUGCCGUAGCGACCAAUGACUCUGCUGAAGUGCGCCACAUAUCCUCCAAUGUUUGCGGACCUCGAGGACGCUGCAUCAGCCAGCCAACAGGCAACUUCACCUGUGCCUGUGAUGCAGGGUUCAGUGGCAUCUACUGUCAUGAGAAUAUAAACGACUGCAUUAGCAACCCUUGUAAAAACGGCGGGACCUGCAUUGAUGGAGUGAACUCCUUCCAGUGCUUCUGUCCUGACGGCUGGGAGGGACGACUCUGCGACAUCAAUGUUAAUGAGUGCAGGCGCAAUCCAUGUAAGAAUGGCGGACGCUGCGUUGACCUAAUGAACGACUUCUACUGCGAGUGUGCCAACAACUGGAAGGGCAAGACCUGCCACUCUAGGGAGAGCCAGUGUGACGCCACCACCUGCAGCAAUGGCGGUACCUGCUACGACCACGGUGAUGCCUUCCGCUGCUCCUGUCCUCCUGGAUGGGGGGGAAACACAUGCAACACAGCCAAGAACAGCACAUGCGCCUCCAGUCCUUGUUCCAACGGAGGGACUUGUGUGGGAGGAGGAGACACCUUCACCUGCAUCUGCAAAGAGGGUUGGGAAGGCCCCACCUGUGGACAAAAUACAAACGACUGCAACCCUCAUCCAUGCUACAAUGGCGGCAUCUGUGUCGACGGAGUCAACUGGUUCCGCUGCGAGUGCGCCCCUGGUUUUGCUGGACCUGACUGCCGAAUCAACAUUAAUGAGUGCCAGUCUUCACCCUGUGCCUACGGUGCCACUUGUGUGGACGAGAUCAACGGUUUCCGCUGCUUAUGCCCGCUCGGCAGAACAGGAUCCCGAUGCCAAGAGUUCAUAGGUAUAGGGAAGGCUUGCCACUAUGCCGGGUUGCAGUUCCCCCAUGGCAGCCGCUGGGAGGAAGAGUGCAACAGCUGCCAAUGUGUCGACAGCAAAGUGGACUGUACAAAGGUGCUGUGUGGUCGUCGCCCCUGCCGACUGCAGACACCAGGCCAGGACCAGAGACACACUUGUCCAGCUGGACAAGAGUGUCUGGAGCACAGCUACCUCACCUGCUUCUCCCCCCCAUGCCAUCAGUGGGGGGUUUGCUCCAUGGCUGGACCCCCGCCUCCACAAGUUCCCACUAAGUGCCAGCCAAACAGUGGGCACUUGGACAACAGCUGUGCCCGCAUAACACUCAUCUUCAAUAGGGAGAAAGUACCAGCAGGAACAACAGUGGAGAGUAUCUGUUCUGAGCUGAGGUAUCUUCCUGACACCCGAAGCUUGGCAAAAGACCAUGCCCUCCUUCUGCUCUGUGACCUUUCCCAUUCUAAUCAGGAUGCAGUGGAGGUGGCUAUAUCUUUCCAGCCAGAGGAGCAGCCAGAUCACAGUUUGAUCCAGGAGGCUGCCAGCACCAUAGUGGGCACUUUGUCCAAGCGCCACAACAGCACUGUAAUGCUAGCAGUCAUUGAAGUCAAAGUGGAGACGCAGGUCAUGCCCCCCUCAGUUGAUUACCUGGUGCCUGUCUUAUGUGUAGUCUUCUGCUUGCUCUGUCUCUUCUGCAUCAUUGUGUGCAUUUGGUGGACACGUAAACGGAGAAAAGAGCGCGAGAGGAGGCCACGAUCUACCGUUGACGAAAAUGUGAACAACCAGUGGGAGCCCCUGCGGCCGGUCAUGGGACGUCCGCAGCAGCAACAGCUCAAAGAAAGCAACAGGGAGGCCGAGCAGGAGCGCAAAAAGCUCAUGGGCUCCUCCUAUCGGACGUGUGAUGAAGGGGAGGAGGAGGAGGAGGAGACGGAAGGAGAGCUUGAGCUCGAGGAAGAGGUUGGAGGAGCUGAGGUGGGAAAGCAGCCGGUUUGCAAGUACUCUAAGACUGCAGUGCAGUCCAGUGGGGGUGUCAUCUGCACAUUGCACAGCUCGAGUCCACCUCUCAAAGCGCCCCACCGGACCCCAGGCUACAGUCCCAAAGACAACCGCUGGAAAAAUGUCAGAGCUGCUUUGACCGGCCAAAAAGACCUCAGAGACCAUUGUGUAUAAAAAUUCUAAGGAAGACUUGCAACAUAGGCAAGAGACGCUGGGAGGCAGUGACCACUCUUAUUUUUGGACUAUGACAGUUAAAAAAAAAAAAAAAAAAGGCUUUGCGUUCAAAAAAGCCAUUCUUUGCUUUGUUUUCAGUUUAUAUUUUUCACUGUCACCUCAAGACAUUUUCAGCGAUGAUGCUAGAACGAAGUGAACAUACUUUUUUGGCUUCUGUUCACGUAUGUUUUUUUUUUUCUCCCCCAUUAUGUAUAGAAGGAACAGAAAUAUGAUCAUUUCUAUGGAGGCUAAAGAAGGUCUCUGCAAUUUUUGUUUUGGAAUUGAAGCAACAAUGAAUAGUCUAAAUGGAAAGGAAAAGCAACCUGUAUAAAGAUCUUUUUGUUUACAGAUGAUUGUGAUUUUGUUUGUCAGCGGGCUCCUGUUCAGUAUGUGGAGGGGGGAUACAGAUUGAAGUGACAGUAAGGGAAGGGUUUUGAGGAAAAUCCACGACAGCAACAAUGGCAACCCACCCUUUGCUCUGUCUGGCUUUGCCCGCCAAUCCGCCUGUGGCCAUCCUGCGCCAGCCUUACCAAAACUCUUGGCCUGGAGGGAAAAGGGGACAGAAACCCCAGUGCCUACUAUGUGGCCUUCCAUAUUUUUUCUCCUGUCUCUCAGUUCUUUUGGCUGAAAGCUCUGUUUGAGGAUUUUUGCAGUAUUUGAGUUGGUAGCAAGUGCCUUUCUAAGAGCCCUCUCAAGGCUCAGAGUCUCGCUGCCCAGUUUGACCUCCUUGUUCUCAAAUCUCAAAGGGAUAUAGGUGUACAUUUGGAGAGUUCAUUUUCACAGCAACACCGUUCAAGGUAUUUGAUCAAAAAAGAAAUGAAAACUCUGUACAUAUGUGUAAAUACUAAAGGAGUCGCUGUGUAUAUUUGAAUUAAGUAACUUAAAGACAAGUCACACAUUUUUAUUAUUAUUAUUAUUAUUAUUAUUGUUAUUAUUAUUAUUAUUAUUAUUAUUAUUUUAUUUCUUUUUUCUUUUUUUUUUUUUUUUUACAAUGUCAUUCCUUUUAUUUAUGCCAGUUGCAAUAGGCAGGUUUUAUAACACUUCAUAUCCAGUGUCCCGCAGUUAAGAACCUUUACAGUGAGGUACCAUCUAUGAAGGAAUUUCUGAAGGGUUUAUAAAUGGUUAGGAAACUGCAGGCAUGUCGCUAAUUGAUUUAGUCAUUUUUGGUGAUAAACAAAACAACAAUUGCCUGACAGUAAUACUUUGUCGCUACACAUAGUGAAGCACUGAUGCUUUGUAGAUACAAGGUGAUAUUCUCACCAUUGCUUAGCUCUCAUCGUCCUGCCAAAUCAGGGUGAUUUCUUUUCACGUGGAUUUGGAUUGUCAAACACUGUUUAUCCUGAAACACUUUAUGACUGUAUGUCAUCCAAUAUCCCUGGACCUGGUUUCAAUCCAUUGCCUUCUUCACAUAUACUCCUCUCCCAGCUUGGUAAAUUUAUCCAUAAUGACUGAGAUCAUGCAACAGUAGCCAAGAUUUUUAUUUUUAUUUUAUUAUUUUUUAAUUCGAUUUUUUUGAAAACAUGUCAAUUUCUUAUCUAAAUUCAUAUGUAUUCACAAAUUAUCGACAUUAUAGAAAUGAUUUGGUCUUGGUUAUAUUAUUUUAUAACUCUGUUGCAAAGCAGAACUUGCACAACACCAACAUCAUCAUUGUAUUUAAGGGUCCAGCCACGUUUAACUUGUUUAACUUGAUACUUUUUCUUAGAGGUGUCAAUGAUUUGGGGUGUUCAGUCAUGAAUUGGUUACAAAUGGAAGAGGAGCAUUGUGGCAGGCAGUGUUGCAAAGUUGAUGAUAUUAUGGCCUUAAUAUUUUUUCUUACUGGCAACACUUUGAGCCAUUUCUAAACCCAUCACAAACCCUUUUGUUUCAGGUGCCUUAAUGUAAUGUGUAAUGCAUUAUGCGUGUAAUCAGUGGACAUCUUUUUAUGUUGUUGGUUUGUUUUCAUUAUUAAGGAAAGUAACUCUUUAAAACAUUGUGUGGUGUAUUGUGGCGUGUUUUAUUCGCCUGAGUAAAGUUCUCUCCUUGUCUCACUUUUACUUUCAUGGAGAUUUCUGGAAUAAAACACUGAUGCAGGCUCCUAAGAAAUCCACCAUGGCUCUUUCGGUGUCUCAUAUGUGGAUGCCAGUAUAGGUCAAACCUGAAAGUCAUGCAUUAGCUUGAUGUUUGGUUUAAAGGCUUUAAUGAAGGGAAAGUUUUUUGUUGCUCUUAUGCAGGUGUAUUUUUCGAGGUACCAACUCGGUCUAACACAACUUACCUCA